AGGACUGAUCCUGGUGAUUUUCUCUGGGACCUCCAGCAGAUGAGCUCAUCACCUAAAAGCCAUAGCAGUUUCAAGGUCUAUUCCGGUGAUGCUCCCCUGAAUGUCUGUCGGAUGCCCUACUGCCCCGGCACACAGAUCUUCACUUCAUCCCCAGCUUUCAGUAACAGGUUGGAGACAGCUUGUGUCAGUCAUGGAUACUAAUGAUGACCCCGAUGAAGAUCAUCUUACAAGUUAUGAUAUUCAGCUCAGUAUUCAAGAAUCGAUUGAAGCCAGCAAGACUACAUUUUACCCUGAAAGAUUUGUACCACUAAGUGAUCAAAACAGAAAACUCGUGGAGGCCAUAAAACAAGGUCACAUUCUAGAGCUCCAGGAAUAUGUGAAAUGUAAAUAUGCGUUAGAUGAAGCCGAUGAAAAAGGAUGGUUUCCCCUGCAUGAAGCUGUUGUUCAGCCUGUUCAGCAAGUACUUGAAAUCGUUCUGGAUGCAUCCUAUAAGACACUCUGGGAGUUCAAGACCGCUGAUGGAGAAACACCCUUGACUUUGGCAGUGAAAGCUGAGCUGGUGGAAAAUGUAAGAACUUUACUAGAAAAGGGAGUAUGGCCAAACACCAAAAAUGACAAAGGAGAGACGCCCCUUCUGAUUGCUGUAAGAAACGGCUCCUACGAUAUGGUGUCUGCUCUCCUCAAACACAACUCCAUCCUUGACCAGCCGUGUGCCAAGCGCUGGUCGGCAAUGCACGAAGCCGCCAAACAAGGCCGCAACGACCUCAUAGCCCUGCUGCUGAAGCACGGCGGCAACGUGCACCUGCGGGACGGCUUUGGCAUCACACCGCUAGGUGUUGCUGCGGAGUUCGGCCACUGCGAGGUGUUGGAACACCUAAUCCACAAAGGCGGUGAUGUGUUUGCUUUGGCGGAUGAUGGAGCGUCAGUGUUGUUUGAGGCAGCAGGAGGGGGCAAUCCUGACUGCAUUUCCCUCCUCCUGGAAUAUGGAGGAAGUGGAAACAUACCUAACAGAGCAGGGCAUCUUCCGAUACACCGAGCUGCUUACGAGGGGCAUUAUCUUGCACUGAAAUGUCUUAUCCCAGUAACAUCCAAAAAUGCAAUAUGGAAAAGUGGACUUACACCAAUUCACUCCGCAGCAGAUGGACAAAACGUACAGUGCCUAGAACUGCUCCUUGAAAGUGGGUUUGACGUCAAUUCUCUGCUUGCUGACCACAUUUCCGAGAGCUAUGACGACGAAAGGAAGACUGCGCUCUAUUUUGCGGUUUCUAAUAAUGACAUCCAUUGCACAGAAGUCCUUCUGAAUGCAGGUGCCGACCCAAACUUAGAUCCCCUCAACUGUCUACUUGUGGCAGUGCGGGCCAAUAAUCAUGAAAUUGUCCGGCUGCUUCUCUCCCAUGGAGCUAAUGUCAAUUGUUAUUUCAUGCAUGUAAAUGAUACUCGGUUCCCCAGUGCCAUUCAGUAUGCCCUAAACGAUGAGGCAAUGCUGAGGCUGCUGCUGAACAACGGCUACCAAGUGGAGAUGUGCUUUGAGUGCAUGCAUGGGGACAUCUUUGGAAAUUCGUUUGUGUGGUCAGAGAUAGAGGAAGAGGUACUGCCAGGAUGGACAUCUUGUGUAAUAAAAGAUAACCCGUUCUGUGAGUUUAUUACAGUUCCUUGGAUGAAACACUUGGUAGGCAGCGUUAUCCGCAUAUUAAUAGAUUACAUGGAUUAUGUCCCUUUGUGUGCUAAACUGAAGUCUGCACUGGAAGCACAGAGAGAAUGGCCAGAAAUCCGCCGAAUACUAGAGAACCCUUGCUCACUAAAGCAUUUGUGUCGAUUAAAAAUUCGAAGACUUGUGGGACUCCAACGACUCUGCCAGCCCGCCUCAAUGGAGAAGCUUCCUCUACCACCAAUUAUUCAAAGAUACAUAUUAUUCAAAGAGUAUGAUCUCUAUGGACAGGAGCUAAACCUGAUCUAAAAAUAUUUUAAAAUGGGAUUCCCUCAGAGAAUUUCUUGGAAUCGGCUUACAUCUUUCAGUGUAUUUAAAUCCAUUGACAGUUUUAUAAUGGGAUCCCGUGUUCUCCUGGGAACACUGCAUUUUACAUCUUUAAAGACCUUUACAUUGUGAUUUUUUAAAUUUAAGUUUAGUUAAUAUAUGAUAUUGCAUUAGUUGUAUUAGUUUCCGGUGUGCAAUAUAGUGAUUCAACAUUUGUACGCCUUACAAUCCACUAAUUCUCGUGCUCAUCUGUCACCAUGCAAAGUGAUCACAAUAUUAUUGACUGUAUUUCCCUUCACCUUUUUUAUCCAUUCCCCCCUUCUGGUAACCAUCCCUUUGGUUACAUUGUGAUUUUUUUUUGAGCAAGUUACUAUUUUGUAUUUGAAUUUCUAUUAUCUUCCCUUGCAACAAGUCUUCAAACUCUAUCAAGUGCUUCUACACUAUCCAUGAGAAAGUCUCGCCUAUGUUUAUAAAACAAAGAACCACUCUCUCAAACGCACACCUUCAGCCAGUUGCUGGCCUAUUCCUCUCCUCUCUUUCACAGUUAUGCUGUGUGACAGAGGUCCUUCCUGCCGACAGAUUCACACAUUAUAAUCUGGCUUCUCCUUUCUCCACUGCCCUUCUCAAGGUCCUUAAUCUCUUCCUCUUGCUAAUUUCAAUGUGCAUUCUUCUUCAGUCCUCUAAAAUGAUUCCUGCAGCAUCUGAUACUGUUGCCUGCCCCCUCCUUGAGAAGGUCUUCACUUGGUUUUCACAAUAUCUUGCUCUCUUGGCUCUCCUCCCACCUCCCAGACUGCUCUGUUUCUGGCUUCUUUCUGCGUUGCUCACCUCCUGCCAACCCUUUAGUAAUAUACCUUAAGCCCUCUUCUUAUGCUGUGUUCUCUGGGAAAUUUCAUCCCUGUCCACAGUUUCAAUUACUACCUAUGUGCUAUUGACUAUAAAAUUUACAUCCAAAGUUCAGCUCCUUUUUUCAUGUGCUUGAGACAUGUGUAGACCACUGGCCAAAUGGAAUUUGAACACAAAGACCUCAGACUCACCCUGUUCUAAAUGAACACACCAUCUUCCUCUGCAAAAAGACUCCUUCUCUUACAUUCUCUAGCUCAACAGUUAGCAGAGUUAUCAAUUCAUUUUCCCAAGUCAAAAACCUGGACAUCAGCGUUGGCCAUCCCAUUUUCCUUACCCAAUAUAGCGGACGGCCAAAUCCUGGUAAGUGUAUCUCUGGAAGUGAUCUUCCACUCAGGCUCACUGAUUUGGUCCUCAUGCCAGCUAUUAUCUCUUUUUCCUGGGAUACUGUAAUGCCACCUACCUGGCCUUCCUUCCUGUUGUCUUGCCCCAUUCAACAUGCAUUCUACACACAAAUUCCUGGAGUGACUUUUUUACAAAGGUAAGUAGAGUUCCAGUCCCUUGCUUAAAAUCAUUCCCCUUGCUCUAAGGAUAAAAUCCAAAUUUUUUCAUGGCUCUCCAUGCCUUCCUCCGUAGCCUCAUCUCUUGACGUCUCCCUCACCCCUCCCUUUUAACCAUAUUAAAUACCUUUUAGAAGUUUAUUCUUUGAAUAGUGAUUCCCAGGCUUAAUUGCAAUCUAUACACUGGUAGCUUUUAUUUUAUUAAUUUUUAAAAUAGGGUCAUUUGUUAAAUAUAUAUGUCUAUAUAUCAUCUAUUGUCACUAUCAGUUCAUAAAAGAGGCACCAUUUUAAUGCCAGAAAAUAAGGUGGCCUUAAGUUCAAUGAUUAAAAAUCCAAUGACUUUAGCUUUGAAAAGACUUAGCACACUGUCUUCAUUUCCCCAUCGAUGGGUGAACAUUUCAUUCUGGCCCGACAAGUAUCUGAGGUUCUUUGUUGGGAAGCUAUAGAAUAGACCAGGCUCUCUUACACCAAGGGGUCUUUGCAUUUUCAUCUUCCUCAGCCUGAAAUCCUCUUUCCACGUCCUGCUGUCCCUCUCCACCCCUUAUCCUACAGGUCUCAGCUUGAAUGGUGCUUCCUCUAGGAAGGGACGCUCCAGCACAGCCUUCUCAUGCUGUAUUCUACGUAGGUGCCUAUGUUCUCAUUUGUCUGCCCCAUGAGACUGUAAGCUCUAUGAGGGCAGGGUCCACAUCUGCUUUGUUUUCCAGUGUUUUCUUAAGGCCAAAUACAUUCCCUAGAGCACAGAGAGUUCAAAAAUUAUUUGCUGAAUAUAUUGAAUGAAUGAAUGUUAUACAAGACCCAGAAAAAAAUAACUAGUGACUGCAUAGUAAAUUGGUAGUUUUAAAUAUCUGAAUUGGCUGUUUAGCUUUAACAAUGUAAUUAUUUAAAAGUAUUAUUCUUAGAUUUGAAUGUGUUUUUCUCAUAUUUAUUUGUAUCUUAAGAGUUACUGUAUUCUUUCAAUAGUAAUGCCUCACUGGUUUGUGAAUUUUUGAAAUUAUACUUAGCUUUAGUUAUCUUUGUGAGACGAUAAGUAUUAAAAAUAACUGUACAACUAGAGCUGUAGUUUUAACUCCUUGUAUUCCCUAGAGGAUAUA